GGCGCUAUAUCCAGCAUUAUGUGGACCAAACGAUUUAACAGGAAACCUUAACAGCAGAAAACAGACGUGUGGAAGGCACAUGAUGCGGGCUGCUCUUGAAUAAACGCUGUAAAGAGAAAAGAACUCAUAACUGAGGCUUUGGAAACACCGUUGACCAUGAACGCUGGAUUUGAUGUGAUCAGGGCUGCUGAAUCCUGCUCGAGACGAUGUUGCGUCUGCGGAGUCAUAGAUGAAAUGCGAUUUGCUGGAUUCAGGACACCAACAUCUUUCAUGGCGUUUGUGAUGAGAAGAUGGAAAAUCUUACUGGUGCUAAAUGUGUUCACGGUGGUCGGGUUCAUCACUUUUUGGGGCAAGUGCAAUUUACGCGCGAUCAAAGCUCAGCAAGCGGCUGCCGACACAAGACUACAGACGCACACCAAUGGAUCUGCUCAGGAGAUCAGCAUCUCCCAUGAUGUCCUCUUAAAGAGACUGGGAUCACUGGAAGAUGUAGUGUACAGACAACUCAACGGUUUGUCCAAGUCUCUUGGACUCAUCGAGGGUUUUGGAGGCCGCGGUAGAGGAGGACUGCCAGCAACGCUUUUGCCGAUGGAAGAAAAGGAGGCCAAAUACUUGAGGGAGAAAUAUGGCUACAAUGCAUUUCUUAGUGACAAAAUUUCUCUGGAUAGGUCUAUUCCGGACUAUCGGCCGAGCAAAUGCAAGAGGGUCUUUUAUCCUCGUGACUUACCGCAGAUCUCCAUCAUCUUCAUCUUCGUGAAUGAGGCGUUGUCUGUCAUACUGCGUUCAGUCCAUUCCGCUGUCAAUCACACUCCAGCUCAUCUCUUAAAGGAGAUCAUCUUAGUGGAUGACAACAGUGAUGAUGAACAGCUGAAAGGACCACUAGAGGAGUAUGUCAACAAGCGCUACCCAUGUCUUAUCAAGAUAGUACGAAAUCAGAAGAGAGAGGGACUCAUCCGUGCUCGCAUCGAGGGCUGGAAGGUGGCGACCGGGGAGGUGACUGGGUUCUUCGAUGCCCAUGUUGAAUUUACGCCUGCUUGGGCUGAACCAGUUCUGUCUAGAAUCAAAGAGAACCAUAAGAGGAUCAUUCUGCCGUCCGUAGAUAACAUUAAGGAUGAGACAUUUGAACUGGAGCGCUACGAGAACUCUGGCCACGGCUAUAACUGGGAACUCUGGUGUAUGUAUAUUAGUCCACCUAAACAGUGGUGGGAUGAAGGAGACACAUCUGCACCUAUCAGGACACCUGCAAUGAUAGGCUGCUCAUUUGCGGUAAACCGGGAAUACUUCGGGGAACUGGGCCUGUUGGAUGCAGGAAUGGACGUGUAUGGAGGUGAAAAUAUAGAGCUGGGAAUCAGGGUUUGGUUGUGUGGAGGCAGCAUGGAAGUUCUGCCCUGUUCCCGAGUGGCCCAUAUUGCUAGAACAAAAAAGCCUUACCACAGUAACAUCGCCUUCCACACUAGACGAAACGCCCUUCGUGUGGCCGAAGUCUGGAUGGACCAGUAUAAACCCAACGUCUAUUUGGCAUGGAAUCUCCCAAUGAAGAACCAUGGAAUUGAUUACGGAGAUAUUUCCCAGAGAGUAGAGCUCAGGAAAAAACUGGAGUGCAAAAACUUUGAGUGGUACCUUGACAAUAUCUAUCCAGAGAUGAGGAUAUACAACGACACCCUGUUUUAUGGAGAAAUUCGCAAUACCAAUGUGACUCAUCUGUGUGUGGACCAGGGCAUAAAAGAAAACCACACAGCAACUCUUCACCCCUGUCACGGCUGGGGCCCUCAGCUGGGCCGCUACACUAAAGAGGGUUAUCUUUUCCUGGGUCCUCUGGGAAGCACUGGCGAAGAUACUCGCUGUGUAGUGGAUGAUAAAAUCAGCAGAUACCCUCAGCUCCUCAACUGUGAGAAAUUCUCCAGUGUAAGCCAGAAAACUUGGCACUUUGCACAGAAUGAAUCGAUUAUCAACCGAGCUACGGGACGGUGUCUUGAGAUAGUGCAAGCUAACGUCUACUUUGGAUACGCUCUGGUCCUGCGCGCCUGCACUGGCCAGAGGUGGAACUUCAAGAAUACACUGUAUCCAGAACAAGGCCAAUAAACCCGGGCUCUUCGAUAAGACUGCCACAUGCUGAAAGUUUGGACUCUCCAGCCUUCAUCGAUGUUUAGGAACUUGAUUCCAGUUUGGAGAUCUCACACAUGUCAACCCUUAGCCAAGGGGGUGCUAGUCAUGUUUAAGUUUGUCUCAGGAGACCAUGUUUUGUAUUCUAUAUGUUUUUUUUGUUUGAUUAAUUUAUGGCUCAGUCUUUUACUGAGAAACAAUAACUCAAGUUUCGACUGCUGAAACCAAAAUGACAAUUAAAGUCGCAGGCAGAUCAUCAGCUACAGCAUUGCAAACAGUUACAGUUACUACACAUCAAUGUAUACAUCAUUUGAGUCUAUUCUUGAAUUCUAUAUAUGGAAGUUUAGUUAAAUUUAGUCCUGGAAAUCAAGUUCACAUGCCUGUAAAUGGUGUAUUUUAAUUUUAACUAUUGUGUUUUUCUAUUCUCUGUUUAAGGCUCUUAACAUCAGGUUUUUGAUUUAUUUGAACCUAUUUAGUUUUCUGUUUAAAGGUGCACUUAGUAUACAGUGCAGGUUAUUAGUAUACUGUGUUGCCAGAUAUUGGGAAUGUAGCCCAUUUAUGGAAGUCGUUGCACUUGGCGGCCAUGUUUGCAAUGAUCCGGGCAGCUAUUUCAGUCAUAGCAAGACCACAAUCCAUCUACUUGAAUGGGGGUAGACAAAUAUUUCUGAAAUCACUGGCAAAAAUCACAAUUACAUAGCAUAUUUCCAACCAACAUUUAAACCUGACAUCAACUGUACCAUAACUUUGGUUCCCUUUCUGUCGGUCUCUCGACGUUGUGUCGAGCCGACAGAUGGGGUUCGCUCUUGAGAACCUAUCAACUCCGACUAGUUUAGAAAAGGCCAAUGAAAUUGGCGAAUGAAAUUUGCAUGCCGGACUCCGGCCCCGGAUAUCCAUGUAUAAAAGGGAGACGGCGUGCUUCAUUCAUUCACCUUUUAUUCUUCGGAGCCUUCACACAUGAUCGACUUCGAGACUUCAACUCUAUGCCGAAUUACUGCUGGAAUCUUACGACGUGGUGCAGCGGACUGUCCCUUCCUGCAGCGACUUCCCCUGGGCGUCUCGGCAGUUCCAGAAGUGUUUGAGUUUUUUCUCUAAAAGAGCAAAUUUCUCCAGCGUGGCAUGUCCCGCUGUUCUCCUGGGUGCAAUACACUCAUCGAGGAGGGGGACACGAGGUCUGCUUCCAGUACACUGGGGUAGCCCUUGUGGAUACGUCCUGCCCGCACUGCAGGCAGUUGACGAUUCAGACGUUGCGUCACAGGUGGCUGUGUUCCCACGGGACUCAGCCACCACCUCGUCUGCUUCCCGUUCUGUGACAGCAGUGGCUACGGCCCUGCCAUCCGCUACGGCGAGCAGCGAGGGUGAUAUGAGGAUUACUGUGAGCGCUAAUCCGUCAGCCACCGGCUCGUGGACCGUUCGCACCUCGUCUCGCUCGUCUGACCAUUCCCCAUGAGACGGUCCCACCGUCUUGUUCCUCAACCACGUAUUUGGAAACAGUGCGUGAUGAUGAGAUGUCCGUUGCAGCAUCGGAGGGUGACUUACUGGCAUCUGACGCUGACGAUUCCUCAGAGCUCCCUCCCUCCUGCACUGCACUGCCUCUCCCAAUGCUCACAGCUGGAUACAUGGUACUUCGGGUUUGAGAGGGGCUCCUAGCCGCACUCGCCCCCAGUGCCGUGUUUUCCCGGAAGUGCAUGAGGAACUUAGUACGACCUGGAAUGCCCCCUUCGGCGCGUGCACGUCAACUAGUUCCAUCGCCCUUUCUUCCCUCGAUGGUGGGGCAGCUAGAGGAUACGUCGAUGUCCCCCAGGGGCUCGACCUAGACUCCCGUCCAAAGCAUGUAGGUUUUUUCGGCAUCUUAGGUGUCGAGAGUUUACUUUGCUGCGGGCCAAGCUGUCCCCUCUCUCCACGCUAUGGCCAUCCUGCAGGUCCAUCAGGCCAAGGCGACGAGAGAGCUCCAUGAGGGUAAGACCGACCCAGUGCUUAUGCAGGAACUCCGCGCCAUCACCGACCUCGCUCUACGGGCGACCAAGGUGACCGCACGGGCCCUGGGUCGGGCGAUGUUCACACUUGUGGUCCAGGAGAGACACCUCUGGCUGAACCUUGCACAGAUGAGUAAUGCCGAGAAAGUCCGCUUUCUCGACGCACCCAUCUUGCAAGGGGGGGCUGUUUGGUGAUACUGUCGAGCCACAGUUCUCGACAGUAAAGGAGCAGACAGAGGAUAUCAAGCAUAUCCUCCCCCGCCGCGACUCUGCCGCCCUCUGGCCAUCGAGAUCCAGUGCACCGUCUGCUUCCCAGCAGCCCUGGUCCUCUUCGACGCCCUCCGGCUCCGGUGCCCCCACUCAGGCGGCCCCCUGGAAGAAGACGUCGAAGAGGAGACCACCACACCAUCAGCAGCCGCUGCGGAAGCCGAAGCGGCCCUCAUGGGAAGACCCCAGGGAGAUUGAGAAUACCUUCGGGCCCGACCCCAGCCAUUCCAUCGCUGGUUGGUCGAUCCGGGACGGUUCCUGCCCCGUCCCAACAACCCACUUCUAAGAGUUUUUCUCUCUCUCUGGGUGUUUAUCACAGCCGCUCUCACCUUCUACAUGACGGUGUUUGGCAACUCAACGUUGCGUCACGGCGAGACCCAAUGUCGAGUAUAAUCAGCAGCCUAAGCACUCUCAAUCAACGGUGCGUUGUGCUACAUCAUCACCAGGCAGGUAAAACAGCAGAGCCGAUCUCCUCUCCGGGGGCCCCCCCACGGUGAGGGAUCUGCACUGCCAGCCAUCGAACCACCGGGAGGUCGAUGAAGCAGAACGUACCCCUAGCCUCCCUGUCUCAGUCCCUGGGAGCCUGACAAGAGCUUCCCAAACCGUCACGGUGACUACGGGAUACGUUCCGUCUCGGCUAUGUGAUCCAACUCCCCAGACGCUUGCCCAAGUUUCGGGGCAUCCUCCCAAACCUCAGUCAGAGGCAAGGAUGCUCCCGUGCUUCGGGCCGAGGUCGCCACCCCUCUGGUGAGGAAGCGAUCGUGCUCGUCCCUCUAGCCGAGAUGUUCAACGGGUUUACAGCCCGUAUAUCAUCGUCCCCAAAAAAGCGGGGGUUGCUAGAUCUGCGUACCCUGAACAGGCACCUACUCAAGCUGCCGUUCAGGAUGCUCACGCAGAAGCGCAUCCUGACAUCUAUCAGAUGUCAAGAUUGGUUCAUGGCAAUCGAACUGAAGGACGCUUACUUUCAUGUCUCGAAUUCCCUCGUCAUUGCCCGUUCCUACGGUUCGCUUUUGAGGGUCAGGCAUAUCAGUACAGAGUCCUUCCUUUCGGUCUGUCCCUGUCCCCACGAGUCUUCACGAAGAUCGUGGAAGCCGCCCUCACUCCCCUCAGGGAGAGAGGCGUGCGGGUACUAAACUAUCUCGACGACUGGCUCAUUUUGACACACUCGCGAGAUCUUAUGUGUUAUGUACACACAGGGACUUAGUGCUUCGGCCUAGAUCGAUUGGGACUACAGGUCAACUGAGAAAAGAGCGAGCUCUCCCCUGUGCAGAGCAUCCUCUCUCUUGGUAUGGAACUCAACUCUGUCUCCAUGACAGCGUGACUGACUCAGAGCACGCUCAGUCAGUGUUGAACUGCCUGAAACACUUCAGGCAGUCAGCGGUCCCCCUGAAACUUUCAGAGGCUCCUGGGCACAUGGCAUCCUCGGUGGGGGUGGUCCCCCUCGGGUCGAUGCACAUGCGACCGCUCCAACACUGGCUACAGAGUCGAGUUCCCUGGAGAGCGUGGCACACCGGCAACAGGCGGAUGGUGAUUAUGCCUCUCUGCCGACGCACCCUAAAACCCUUGGUCUUCAAUGACCUUUCUACGGACGGGGGUCCCUCUCGGACAGGUCACGAGGCGCGAUGCGCUCUCUCGUCAGUUGACGCCUUGCAGAGAGUGGCGACUCCACCCCCGCGCAAUCUAGCUCAUUGGGUACAGUUCGGGCGGGCUCAGGUAGACCUGUUCACCUCCCUGGACACCACCCAUUACCCGCUAGGAUACUCCCCGUCCGAGGCCCCCCUCGGCACGGAUGCUCUAGCGCACAGCUGGCCGUGGGACAAGCGGAAGUACGCCUUCCCCCCAGUGAGCCUCAUUGCACAGACCCUGUGCAAGGUCAGGGAAGAGGAGCAUCAAGCGUACUAGUUGCGCCAUACUGGCCCAACCAGACUUGGUUCUCGGAGCUAAUGCUCUUGACGACAGCUCCCCCCUGGCCGAUUCCCCUGACGAAGGACCUGCUUUCCCAGGGGAAGGGCACGUUAUGGCAUCCCAGGCCAGACCUCUGGAACCUCCAUGUCUGGCCCCUGGACGGGACGAGGAGAUCCUGAGUGGCCUACCCCCUGCGGCGGUUAAGACCAUCACUCAGGCUAGGGCCCUGGCCACUAGGCGACUAUACGCCUAUAAGUAGUGCCUCUUC